GACGGGCCGGAGCUCAGACGGACUCUGGGCAGCGGGAGCGGACGUGACGCUUUAUGUUUAGGGGAAAAACAAGGACGUUCCGAAACAGAGUCCUCUCUGCGAAGCGUGCUCCUGUGUUCUUAUUCCCUUGCGGCCGGUCUCUUCCCCGUGGGGCCUAGGCGGAGAGACAGAUGCUCGGGUCCACCCCGUGUUUCUGGACUCUGGGCCUAGCACCCCUGACCACCCCGGACGGAGUGGGGUGAGAAAAGGGCGAAGAGCGCGGGACUCUGGUUGUCAAAACAAUGAAGAACCCCCGCAUUCCCUGGCGGAAGGGAAGGGGGUGCCGGGGCCACACUUUGCAAACCUGCAGCCCUGAGCCCGGGUCGUCCCGAAUGAGCGGAGGCCCGGCCGGGGCGGCGCCAUGGAGGGCAAGAGCCUGGAGGGCGCGCAGCCCGACCUCAAGCUGGUGGCGCACCCGCGCGCCAAGAGCAAAGUGUGGCGCUACUUCGGCUUCGACACCAACGCCGAGGGCUGCAUCCUGCAGUGGAAGAAGAUCUACUGCCGCAUCUGCAUGGCGCAGAUCGCCUACUCGGGCAACACCUCCAACCUGUCCUACCACCUGGAGAAGAACCACCCCGACGAGUUCUGCGAGUUCGUCAAGAGCAACACGGAGCAGAUGCGCGAGGCCUUCGCCAGCGCCUUCUCCAAGCUCAAGCCCGAGGCCGCGCAGCAGGGCGCGCAGGAGCCGCUGGCCGCCAAGGCCCCGCACGGCCACGAGGGCCGGAAGCAGCAGGAGCUGACGGCCGCCGUCAUGGCCCUCAUCUGCGAGGGCCUCUACCCCGCGUCCAUCGUGGACGAGCCCACCUUCAGGCUGCUGCUGAAGACGGCCGAGCCGCGCUACGAGCUGCCCAGCCGCAAGUUCUUCUGCGGCAAGGCCAUCCCCGAGCGCUACGGCGCCGUGCGCGACGCGGUGCUCAAGGAGCUGGCGGAGGCCGCGUGGUGCGGCGUGUCCACCGACCUGUGGCGCAGCGAGAGCCAGAACCGGACCUACGUGACACUGGCCGCGCACUUCCUGGGCCGCGCUGCGCCCCACGGCCUGGCCCUGGGCUCCCGCUGCCUCAAGACCUUCGAGGUGCCCGAGGACAACGCCGCCGAGACCAUCACGCGUGUCCUCUACGAGGCCUUCGUGGAGUGGGGCGUCAGCGCCAAGGUCUUCGGGGCCACCACGGACCGCGGCAAGGACAUCGCCAAGGCCUGCUCGCUGCUGGACCUCGCCGUGCAGAUGCCUUGCCUGGGCCACACGUUCGACGCGGGCAUCCAGCAGGCCUUCCGGCUGCCCAAGCUGGGCGCGCUGCUGGGCCGCUGCCGCAGGCUGGUGGAGUACUUCCAGCAGUCCAGCGUGGCCAUGUGCAUGCUCUACGAGAAGCAGAAGCAGCAGGACGCCGCCCCCCGCAUGCUGCUCAGCAACCGCGUGGCCGGCUGGGGCAGCACGCUGGCCAUGCUGCAGCGCCUCAAGGAGCAGCAGCUGGCCAUCGCGGGCGUGCUGCUGGAGGACAGCAACAGCCACCACCUGGUGCUGGAGACCUCCGAGUGGGCCACCGUCGAGCGGCUGGUGGACCUGCUGCAGCCCUUCAGGCAGGUGGCCGAGAUGCUGUCGGCCUCCAGGCACCCCACCAUCAGCAUGGUGAAGCCCCUGCUGCACAUGCUGCUCAACACCACGCUGAACAUCAAGGAGACCGACCCCAAGGAGAUCAGCAUGGCCAAGGAGGUCAUCGCCAAGGAGCUCUCCCGGACCUACCAGGAGACGCCCGAGAUCGACAUGUUCCUCAACGUGGCCACCUUCCUGGACCCGCGCUACAAGAGGCUGCCCUUCCUGUCCGCCUUCGAGAGGCAGCAGGUGGAGAACAGGGUGCUGGAGGAGGCCAAGGGGCUCCUGGACAAGGUCAAGGAGGGCGCCUACCGCGCGCCCGAGGACAAGGGCUACGCCGUGCCGCCCGACGAGCAGCCGCCCGCGAAGAAGCCGGCGCCCGCGGCCACGCCACCGCCCGCCAGCGUCAUCAACGACAUGCUGGCCGAGAUCUUCUGCCCCACGGGGGGCGUGGAGGACCAGGAGGAGUGGCACGCACAGGUGCUCGAGGAGCUGAGCAACUUCAAGUCGCAGAAGGUGCUCGGGCUCAACGAGGACCCCCUCAAGUGGUGGUCCGACCGCCUGGCGCUCUUCCCCGUGCUGCCUAGGGUGCUGCAGAAGUACUGGUCCGUGGCGGCCACGCGCGUCUGCCCCGAGCGCCUCUUCGGGUCCUCGGCCAACGUGGUCCGCGCCAAGCGCAACCGCCUGGCCCCCGCGCACGUCGACGAGCAGGUCUUCCUCUACGAGAACGCGCGCGGCGCCGAGGCCGAGCUGGAGGACGAGGACGAGGGCGAGUGGGGCCUGGACCACGAGCAGGCCUUCGCGCUGGGCGACGCCGUCCACGCCGGCUACUUCGGCAUCAGGGACGGCGGCUUCGUGUAGCGGAGGGGGGGGCCGCGCCUGGGCGCCCCGGCCCGCGUCGGAUGCUCGGCGGCCAGGGCUGACCCCGCGGGUGGGCGGGCGCGCUGCCGGGCGCAGAGGAAGCGCGCGGAGCGGAGAGAUGGACCUCUGGGGGGGGGGCUUUGGGCGGCCCGGAGGACAGAGGUGGGGUUUCCGUACCCCGGAGUGGAGAGACGGGGCUUCGGGCGGCCCAGAGGAGAGAGGCGGGGCUCUGGGUGACCUAGAGGAUGGAGGUGGGACUCGGGGUGACCCGGAGGAGAGGGGUGGGCUUUGGGUGAUCCGGAGGAGGGAGGUGGGCUUUGGGUGACCUGGAGGAUGGAGGCACGGCUUUGGGUGACCCGGAGGAGAGAGGUGGGCUUUGCGUGACCCGGAGGAGAGAGGUGGGCUUUGCGUGACCCGGAGGAGAGAGGUGGGCUUUGGGUGACCCGGAGGAGGGAGGUGGGCUUUGGGUGACCGGGAGGAGAGGGGUGGGACUUGGGGUGACCCAGAGGAGAGAGGUGGGCUUUGGGUGACCCGGAGGACGGAGGCGGGGCUUUGGGUGACCCGGAGGAGAGGGGUGGGCUUUGGGUGACCUAGAGGAUGGAGGUGGGCUUUCGGUGACCCGGAGGAGAGAGGUGGGCUUUGGGUGACCCAGCAGGGAGAGGUGGGCUUUGGGUGACCCGGAGGAGGGAGGUGUGCUUUGGGUGACCCGGAGGUUGGAGGUGGGACUUGGGGUGACCCGGAGGAGAGAGAUGGGCUUUGGGUGACCCGGAGGUUGGAGGUGGGACUUGGGGUGACUCUGAGGACAGAGGCGGGGCUUUGGGUGACCCGGAGGAUGGGGGUGGGACUUGGGGUGACCCGGAGGACAAGAGGCGGGGCUUUGGGUGACCCGGAGGAGAGGGGUGGGCUUUGAGUGACCCGGAGGAGAGGGGUGGGCUUUGGGUGACCCGGAGGAGAGAGGUGGGCUUUGGGUGACCCGGAGGAGAGAGGUGGGCUUUGGGUGACCCGGAGGAGAGGGGAGGGCUUUGGGUGACCCAGAGGAGGGAGGUGGGCUUUGGGUGACCCGGAGGAGAGGGGAGGGCUUUGGGUGACCCAGAGGAUGGAGGUGGGCUUUCGGUGACCCGGAGGAGAGAGGUGGGCUUUGGGUGACCCAGCGGGGAGAGGUGGGCUUUGGGUGACCCGGAGGACGGAGGCGGGGCUUUGGGUGGCCCAGAGCUGGAGAAAACGAGCG